GGACAGCCAUAUCAGAUUUUUCAUCAACUGAAAAGGUUCCAUCGUCUCUAAUUAUAACUGUGUGUUUAAACUUUGUUAUCUACAUCAGAUCCGGAGAAUUACUGUCAUGGAAAGAAGCAACUUACAGGUGUCAUUUUCUGCUCUUCGCAAGGACGUUGCCAAUGUUCUGGAUUUCAUGGAGAGAUUGAAGAAUGAAGAAGAUCAAAAGGCUGUUGAUGUGGAUCUAAUUGAAAAACUGAAAUUGAAGCUGACAUUUAUUUGUACAUAUGUCCAGCUUUCUUAUUCCGAUUUGGAGCAGUUUGAGGAUAUAAUGACUAGAAAAAGACAAGAGGUUGAGAAUCUGCUUCAACCAAUUUUGGAUGAUGAUGGCAAAAACUUCGGGUGUAAAUAUGUCCUUACAAGCCUCGCCGGUAAUAUGGAUGACUGUCUCAGCUCUCAUCAUCGUUCUAAAUCAGAUGCCAUCAUGAUGGAUGAGCAAUUGAACUUCCUCCUCUUGAAUCUCUAUCAUCUAUCCAAGCAUCGUGCUGAAAAUAUGUUUCCUGGAGUGACUCAAUAUGAGGUUCUUCAGAAUGUAUGUGGCAACAUAAGAGAUUUCCAUGUGUUGAUAGUGAAUGGUUGCAUUAAACAUGAGAUGGUUGAGAAUGUCUUGCCUCUGUUUCAACUUAUGGCUGAGAGAGUAGGACACUUCCUUUGGGAUGAUCAGACUGAUGAUGACUUUGAACUCUCCGAGCUAGAUGAGGAUGAUCAGACUGAUGAAGACAAGGAUGAUCAGAAUGAUAAAGACAAAGAUGAUCAGACUGAUGAAGACAAGGAUGAUCAGACUUAUGAAGACUCUCAACUCUCCGAGCUAAACGAGGAUGAUCAGACUGAUGAAAAUGCUCAACUCUUCGAGCAAGAUGAGGAUGAUCAGAAUGAUGGAGACUCUCGACUCUUCAAGCUAGCACAUCUACUCUUGAAGAUUGUUCCAACUGAACUAGAGGUUAUGCACAUAUGUUAUACAAAUUUGAAAGCUUCAACUUCAGCAGAAAUUGGACUCUUCAUUAAGCAGCUCCUGGAAACCUCUCCGGACAUUCUUCGGGAAUAUCUUAUUCACCUACAAGAGCACAUGGUAACUGUUAUUAACCCUAGCACUUUAGGGGCUCGAAACAUUCAUGUCAUGAUUGAGUUCCUAUUAAUUAUUCUUUUUGAUAUGCCCAAGGACUUUAUUCAUCAUGACAAAUUAUUUGAUCUUUUGGCACUUGUUGGAGCACUAAUCAAGGAGGUCUCAACUCUUGCUCGUGACUUAGAAGAGAAAUUAAGGAAUGAUGAGAGUACCAAUGAGACAAAUCGUGCAACCCUAAAGUUGCUGGAAAAUAUUGAACUCCUCAAGGAAGAUCUCAAACAUGUUUAUCUGAAAUCCCCGGACUCAUCUCAAUGUUGCUUCCCCAUGAGUGAUGNCUUUGAUAAAGGAACAAGUUGGGCUGGAUUGUAUAAAGAUCUCUGGGCAUGUGUUUUAAAUGUGGCAUAUGAGGCAAAAGAUGUCAUUGAUUCAAUUAUUGUUCGAGAUAAUGGUCUCUUACAUCUUAUUUUCUCACUUCCCAUUACCAUAAAGAAGAUCAAGCUUAUCAAAGAAGAGGUCUCUGAUUUACAGGAGAACAUUCCCACGAACAGUGGUCUCAUCGUUGUGAACUCUCCCAAGAAACCAGUUGAGAGAAAGUCAUUGACAACUGAUAAAAUAAUUGUAGGUUUUGAGGAGGAAACAAACUUGAUACUUAGAAAGCUAACCAGUGGACCGGCAAAUCUAGAUGUCAUUUCGAUCACUGGUAUGCCGGGUUCAGGUAAAACUACUUUGGCGUACAAAGUAUACAAUGAUAAAUCAGUUUCUAGCCAUUUCGACCUUCGUGCAUGGUGCACGGUCGACCAAGGAUAUGACGAGAAGAAGUUGUUGAAUAAAAUUUUUAAUCAAAGGUAUCUUAUUGUCUUAGAUGACGUGUGGGAUACUACUACAUGGGAUGAGUUGACAAGACCUUUUGCUGAAGCUAAGAAAGGAAGUAGAAUUAUUUUGACAACUCGAGAAAAGGAAGUGGCUUUGCAUGGAAAGCUCUACACUGCUCCUCUUGACCUUCGAUUGCUAAGAUCAGAAGAAAGUUGGGAGUUAUUGGAGAAAAGGGCAUUUGGAAACGAGAGUUGCCCUGAUGAACUAUUGGAUGUUGGAACUGAAAUAGCCGAAAAUUGUAAAGGGCUUCCUUUGGUGGUGGAUCUGAUUGCUGGAGUUAUUGCUGGGAAGGAAAAGAAAAAGAGUGUUGGAAGUGNNAGUUGGGAGUUAUUGGAGAAAAGGGCAUUUGGAAACGAGAGUUGCCCUGAUGAACUAUUGGAUGUUGGAACUGAAAUAGCCGAAAAUUGUAAAGGGCUUCCUUUGGUGGUGGAUCUGAUUGCUGGAGUUAUUGCUGGGAAGGAAAAGAAAAAGAGUGUGUGGCUUGAAGUUUUAAAUAAUUUGCAUUCCUUCAUUUUGAAGAAUGAAGUGGAAGUGAUGAAAGUUAUAGAAAUAAGUUAUGACCACUUACCUGAUCACCUGAAGCCAUGCUUGCUUCAUUUUGCAAGUAACCCGAAGGACACUGCGACGCCAAUCUUUGACUUGAACAUUGUUUGGGGUGCUGAAGGAUUUGUGGAAAAGACAGAUAUGAAGAGUAUGGAAGAAGUGAUGAAGGUUUAUUUGGAUAACUUAAUUUCCAGUAGCUUGGUAAUUUGUUUCAAUGAGAUAGGUGUUUACCCUACUUGCCAAGUUCAUGAUCUUGUGCAUGACUUUUGUUCGAUAAAAGCAAGAAAGGAAAAGUUGUUUGAUCGGAUAAGUUCAAGUGCUCCAUCAGAUUUGUUGCCUCGUGAAAUUGUCAUUGAUUAUGAUGAGGACUUUGGGCUUAAUUUUGACCUGUUCAGUUCAAAUAACAAAAGGCAUUCUGGUAAACACCUCUAUUCUUUGAUCAUAAACGGAGACCAGCUGGAUGGCCGUCUUAGUCAUUCUAUCAAGGUGAAAGAUACAUUUCACCUAAGACACUUGAGGCUUCUUAGAUUGUUGUUCCUGAAGUACUCUUUUAUCAAGGUGAAAGAUACUUUGCUGAAUGAAAUAUGCAUGUUGAAUCAUUUGAGGUUCUUAAGUAUUGGGACAGAAGUUAAAUAUCUGCCUUUGUCUUUCUCAAACCUGUGGAAUCUAGAAAUCCUGUGGGUGUAUAACGAAGAAUCAACCCUGAUACUAUUACCGAGAAUUUGGGAUCUUGUAAAGUUGCGACUGCUGUUCGUGAGUGCUUGUUCUUUCUUUGAUUUGGAUGCAGAUGAAUCAAUACUGAUAGCAGAGGACACAAAGUUAGAGAACUUGAGAGUAUUAGGGAGACUCAUGCUUUCCUAUUCGAAAGAUACAGAGGAUAUUUUCAAAAGGUUUCCCAAUCUUCAAUUGCUUCAGUUUGAUCUCAAGGAAUCAUGGGAUUAUUCAACAGAGCAAUACUGGUUCCCGAAAUUGGAUUGCCUAACUGAACUAUAUCACCUCUCUGUAUAUUUUGAAAGUUCAAACACAAAUGACAGUGGGUCCUCUGCAGCCACAAAUCGGCCAUGGGAUUUUCACUUCCCUUCUAGUUUGAAAAAAAUGUCGUUGGGUAACUUUUCUCUGGCAUCUGAUUCACUAUCAACAAUAGCGAGACUGCCCAACCUUGAAGAGUUGUACCUUAAACGUACAAUCAUCCAUGAGGAAGAAUGGAACAUGGGGGAGGAAGACACCUUUGAGAAUCUCAAAUAUUUGAAGUUGGAUGAAAUGACACUUUCCAAGUGGGAGGUUGGAGAGGAAUCCUUUCCCUCCCUUGAGAAAUUAGAACUGGAGGGAUGUUGUAAGCUUGGGGAGAUUCCGCCUAGUUUUGGGGAUAUUUAUUCAUUGAAAAUUAUCAAACUUGUAAAGAGCCCUCAACUUGAAGAUUCUGCUCUCAAGAUUAAGGAAUACGCUGAAGAUAUGAGGGGAGGGGACGAGCUUCAGAUCCUUGGCAAGAAGAAUAUCCCGUUAUAUAAGUAGCAUUAAAAGUAUAUUGUACUUUGCUGGGUGAUAUUGUAUAUAUAUGAUUAAGAAAAUUCUGUUAAGUGGUUAUGAAACAUUUUUGUGGGAUUCCUCUGAGUUUCUUUUAACAAAAAUUAUA